CUGCAAUGGCCGCGCCCAUGGGCGCCGCCGCUCCGGACGUCGCUGCCGGCAUCAAUGCGGGUGCGUUGCACGCCGCGAUGGCGCUCGCGGCAACCGUGGAUGCGGUUCCCGGGGGGACGUCCUCGCUGGUUGCCGGGGCCGCCGGGGCUCGGCAACCCGGUGCGGCCUUCGAGUCGCCGGCGGGCGGUGCCACUGGUAGCAGCUGGUUUCACGACUGCUUUUCUGAUGGCGGUGAUUCACUCUGCUCACCUUGCUCGCCAGGGAAGAACUACAUGGAUGUUGCAAACCGUGGUCCUGAAUGCAAAAAGUGCAGCACCUGCAACGUUCUCUAUGAAGAUGUUCAACAGGACUGUACUGUCACUCGCGACACUGCGUGUAAGUGUAAGGAUGGAUACAGUCGGCCUCAUCCUUCACAGCCUUGUGGAGUUCCAUCAGACACAGAAAAAAACAUUCUAAUUCCUAUUGGAAUUCUUACCGGAAUUGUGAUCAUUCUUCUGGUGGUGGUGCCCUUAUUGAUUUAUCGGAAGAAGAAAUGCUUAUACCCCUUUGAUGAUUCUGGCAAAGUGACAGAGACUGUGCCCCUUCUUGGUGUGGAAAUGCGCAAGGAUGUCCUUGAGGAACCACGAAUGCUCAUCGAGAAGAAAAUUAAGUCCAGUGAUGGAGACGUUUGGCGGCAGUUCCAUGAGUUGCUGCCAGAAGUGUAUAAAUCCAUCUUUGAAAACACGUUCUAUUUCAUGUACGAGAUGGGAAAAAAAUACAAGAUUGGCAUAUCCGUGUACUAGAAGGCUUACGAAAUUACUGACAUCUCAGCACGUGCAAUCUUUAUACUGAAUUACUUUAUUCGUGAGGGUGAGGAGAAGUGCCAGGGGCUCCUGGAGAUGAUCCUUGCAGGACAGAACAAGCAAACGCAGCUGCAGACCCUGCUUCACUCUGCCGUUAAAUGCUCUCCAACUCUUAAUCGGAACACAGCACAUAAAGAACUUAACAUCUCAGAGGUUGGAAAGACAGCGGAAUGGCUCGAGAGCCCUCCAGAUAAACCCGAUCACCCAGAUCGGUUCAUAUACUGGUCACAGGUGCUGUCCGCUGAGAGUUUCUCUGAAGGAUGCCACUUCUGGGUGGUGAAUGUGGGGAACGUGGAAAACCUUCGUGUUGGUGUCUCUUACCAGAGUAUUCUACGUAAAGAACCAGACAGUGCAUGCCUGAUGGGAUUUAACAGCAGGUCCUGGUGUUUAUGGAAACACGAGAACAAAUACAAGGCCUGGCACGACCAGCAUAGCACGGAGCUCGAAGUGGGUGAACAUCCUCGCAGAAUCGGUGUUGGCUUGGACUAUGAUAAACGGGUUCUGUUAUUUUACAAUGCUGACAACAAUGAGCAUCUACACACAUUUUAUGCUCACUUCUCUGAACCCCUGCAUGUUGCUCUGUGGGUGUGGUGUGGGGUCCUCACUAUUGAGCCUGUUAUCAGUAACGAAACAUGGAUACAGUUUCAAUAAUUUAUUCAUGGAAAAUAAUAACGAUGAUCAGAUUGCCAUAUAUGUACGUAUGUUGAACUACUUUCGCACUGUUCAUAGCCAACCGAAGGCCUUUACAGGAACCAUAUUGUUUUCACUGCCACGUGUACUGAUAAUCUCUCUAUAUAAACAAUUAUAAGUUAGGAAAGAUCUUACCUAAAAUAUGCUUUUACAAACAUAGUUAAUUAAUCUUCAGAUUUUUGUUCGUUCAUUUCUCUAUUCGCUUGUCCUGGUGAGGGUCGCGGCAGCAGCAUGUUAAGUAGGGCAGUACAGACCUCCCUUUUCCUGACGACAGACUUUCGCUCUUCCUGGAGAAUUCCCAGGCGUUCUCAGGCCAACCGAGCGACAUAGUCCCACCACCGUGUUCUGGGCCGACCACGGGGUCUUUGCCCAGUGGAACGUGCCCGGUAGAGUUCCAGGGGGGGUCUAUUGGGGGGCAUCCUCAUAAGGUGCCCUAACCACCUCAACUGGCCAUUCUCGAUCUGGAGGAGGAGCGGCUCGACUCUGAGGCUCUCCCGGAUUACCGAGCUCCUCACUCGAUCAUGGAGAGUGAGCCUGGCAACCCUGUGGAGAAACCUCAUUUCGGCACCUUGUACCCACGAUCUCAUCUUCUUGGUUAUUACCCAAAGCUCAUGACUCUCGGUGAGGGUGGGAAUGGAGAUCGACCUGUAAACUGAGAGCUUUGUUCGAGAACUCAGCUCCCGCUUUACUACCAUGGAAUGGUACAGUGCCUGCAACACUGUGGACGCCGCAACAAUCCGCCAGCCGAUCUCUCUUCAGAUUUUUGAACAGCCAAAUAUGAAACCUCAAUUAUUUUCAAUUCCCUGACGAUCACACAUACCAGUGGCUCCAAUGGACAAGCUGAGCCUUGCCAGCCAGCUAAAUUUACUUUAUAGGGUUACUAUUUGCAAUUGAUGAAAUGCACAAUGUUUUCUUGUACUUUCAUAGCAUUAUGGACUCGAUGGAGCCUUCUUUUGGACUAUAAUUUUCUGCAGCACAGUACAUGGCUUUACACGGAUAUGUGACUAUCACAGAUAAAUAAUAGAAAGAGUUUGCACCCAUCUGCUGGUCAACCCACUUAUAAUUGGCACAAUUGCAUGUAACAGAAACUGGCCAACUCCGUGGAUAAGACAGUCGCGAAUAAGAAUAGUUUUACUCUGCCCUAUUUCGAUGUUGUGCAGAUCAGUUGCACUGCACACUCACACAUCAGUGCCACGGUGUCACUACACAACAUCGUUUCUGGGCUGACUAACUUCCUGUGGAGCCCUUUCUCACCUGUCCUGCGACAAGGCACAAUUUCCACAUUUUCAUUGCAGAUUAACUCAGCAUAAUUGCCUGCAUUCAGUAGUGUACGUUCACAUUGCAUGCAAACUUGAGUGGAACAACGUUACAUUAACGUUUCUGAGCCAUUGGCCCUGCAGGCAGUUUUAAUAAUUGUUGGGUAGUUUGACAACUGUCAUGACAUCCAUUCUCUAGCUAUCAUCCAUUGCUAUUUUAUAUACAAAAUCUUACUUUGAUAUGGAAAUAGAGGAAGGUGUUACGAGCCUGUUAUUUUAAGUAUUACUUUUAUGUAUAAUUGAAGCAAUUCAUAGGAAAGUAACCCAUUGAAAAAAAUAACAGCGUCUCAGUCUGAGGCCUGUCUGGCAAUGAAGUGAUACAGCCUUUGGCCACUAGAUGGAAGCAGUAGCAGAAAGCACUUUGACCACUUGCUGACCCUGUCAGUGCCAUUGAUGGCUGGAGUUAAGUUGCCGUGACUAUAAGUGUUCAAUUUGUGUUUUAGGUAAGAUACCUCAUGGUACAUUUUUUCGACAUUAAAUAUAUGCAUGUCUGCUUUAAAUCGCAUGUAUAAUCAGUUUUCGUCAGAUAAUUGGUAUAAAGUAUGUAAAUAAAAAUGUAACGGCCCCUGGGCCUAUUGUGCUGUACUCAUGAAUCGUGGUGCAAAGGCCCGCUGAGUUGUUAAGGGAUGAACAGGGAAAACGUGAUAGAGGGCAGAUUGGCACCAGUUGAUGCUGGACAGAAGUGGACUCAGGUGGAUUAUCUAUAUGAGGGCUAAAAAUGUUUUCCGUCAAGAGCUCAUGCAUAUCUUGUAUCCACUUUUCAGGGGUGAUCAUCUUAUAAUCACUUGUAAUCCACAGCACGAUAAUACAGAGCUCCAUCCUCGAUAACUGUAAUGCACUACGAGUAUUCAAGAUGCACAAUCUAUAUUUUCCUACUUUUAAUCGCAAGCGUAUUUACAAACGCACGACUAUCAAAAUAAUAGACAAUAAUGUAUGCUCGUCUCUAAUACUUGUAUGUGAUAUUUAGGGUUAAAUACAUUGUAACAAUACUGCAAAGUUCUCUAUGCUGAAACUGAUUAAUCGAUGUUUGCCAUAAAUAAAUACUGGCUCAUAAA